AUGAGUAAUAUGUUUGAUUUAUCAGUUACUACCUUUAAUUAAGACGGUAGAAUUCUUUAAGUUACAUAUGCUUAAACAGCAGUAGAUUAAAGCGAAACUAUUAUUGGAGUAAAAUGUUCUGAUGGAGUAAUUUUAGGGGCUGAAAAGCAAUUAUUUACAAAUUUAUUAGUCGAAGAUACAAAUAAAAGAGUAUAUAACAUUGAAAAUAGUAUUGGAAUGGUAAUUGGAGGUAGAAUUCCAGAUGGAAGAAAUUGUGUAAGUAGAGCAAGAAAAGAAGCUUAGGAAUAUUAAAAAUAUUUUGAAGUUCCGAUUUCAGGAAAAAUACUUGCUGAUAGAAUUAGUUAAUAUAUUCAUGCACAUACACUUUAUGGAUAUUAUAGACCUUUUGGAACUGCUGUUAUUGUAUCUUCAUAUGAUCAUAUAGAUGGAUUUUAAUUACACAUGAGCGAUCCUUCUGGUUUAAAUUAUGCUUAUCAUGCAUGCGCUUAAGGAAAAGGAAAAUAAACUGCAAAAGCUGAAUUUGAAAAAAGAAAUUUCUCUACAUUAACAUGUAGAUAAGCAAUGCCUUAUAUAUUAAAAAUAUUAAAUCUAACACAUGAAGAUGUUAAAGAAAAAAAAUAUUUAUAUGAAAUUAGUUGGAUUUGUUAAGAAAGCAAUUUCUAACAUAAAUUGAUACCUAAAGAUUUAAGGGAAUAAUCUGAAAGAUAAGCUUUGGAAAUGAUUGAUGAUGAUGAAUAAGCUGAUUGAUUAUAAAUAAAAAAUGUUUUUUUAUCUAAAUUCAUAUAUUUAUAAAAUAUUUUAUUUAUAUUAAUAUUUUAUAUUUUAUUAUUAUUAUUUUUAAUUAUAAAUUUAAUA